UUGCAGGCACCUCUGAAAAUGUGACGGGCACCUAAAUUUACCAUCAAACACUUCCGGGUUGACUCUCUCCAAACACUGACAACUCACCGGCUCGCCAGGAAAACAUCCUAUACCCUCUCCCGAAGGUCUCCCCACAGAGUUGUGUCUGAUAAUGGAUAUGGUAACGAGAAGACUUUAGUAAAUCCAAGAUGGUGAUGCGGCGCCGGAUCUCGUACCUGAAGCUGCUCAUCAUCUGCCUCACCAUGACGACCAUCAUGGGCAUGUGGCUGCACUACUCCGCUGCCAACUGUCGCUGUUCUCAUAGCGUCAAUGACGAGAACGCCGUCGCACCCCCAAACAUGGACGUCCAGAAACCGCCACAAGUUCCGCGGGUAAAAGAAGACGACAAAGUAGUCCUUGACGACGGGGACAACGAAAACUGGGGGCCGCACAAACUUGCAGUCGUCGUUCCGUUUCGGGAUCGUUUCGAAGAACUUCUCGUGUUCGUUCCUCACAUUCACAAGUUUCUCAACGCACAGAAAGUCCGCCACAAAAUCUAUGUUAUCAACCAGAUUGACCUGCACAGAUUCAACAGAGCUGCGCUCAUCAACAUCGGUUUCAUCACGGGUAGAGAUGAAGGGUGUGACUACAUGGCCAUGCAUGAUGUUGACCUCUUACCUAUGAACCCUGACCUGAACUACGGGUACCCCGAGGAUGGCCCCUUCCACGUCUCCUCCCCUGAACUCCACCCGCUGUACCACUACAAGAAAUUUGUGGGCGGAAUCCUUCUCAUGAAGAGAGAACACUUUGAACAGGUGAACGGCCUGUCUAACAUGUUCUGGGGUUGGGGCCGAGAGGAUGAUGAGCUGUACAAACGUAUGGAGGAGGUGGGACUACAGAUUUUCCGACCAGAAGGAAUUGAGACCGAUCACACCAACACAUUCCGACACAUACAUGAUCGACAGAGAAGAAAGAGAGACACUGUGCGGGUGGGGGCACAGAAGGAGCUGCAGUUCAGAAGAGAUCGAAUCACUGGUGUGGACACUGUGCAGUACUCUGUUGUCAGUACCCACAAGAUGCAGGUAGAGGGCGCUGUGGCAACCAUCUACAAUGUCAAGCUAGACUGUAACGUAGAGUUGACUCCCUGGUGUGACCAUCAGAAAUAAAAGAGCCACUAUUAAAUCCUAUUGACUGUAAAUACAUUUAUUUUUGUGGGGAAUAGAUGUUGCAGUAGGAGGGUAAAGCAGGUCUUUGCAGUGUUCUACUAGUGAGUUCAUGAUCUAAAAUAAGAUUUCUGAGAUCAUUUAGAAAUCUUUUGUCAUGCUGUAAUCCUCAUCUGCAAAACAAGCUUACUUCAACCACAAAGAGGCGUAAAAAGUAGUGUGUAGACAAUGAAGCAGAUUCUGAAGUACAUGUAACAGAGCAAAUUGUGCAAUGUGCAAUGUAACUGAUCAGAUGCCCACCUCCCAGUUUGUUUGGUCCAUCAAAAUGUGUUGUAAUAUAUUAUAUACAUGUAGGUAAAGACCAUGUGUACACCUUAUUCUUGGAGCAUAGGCUCUGAUAGAAAGCAUAAAUUAGUUUACUUCUAGUAAGUUACAAUUUAGACAUUCAAGACCAUGGAAACAAGUGAAAUAUGUAUUACAUGUUUUUGAUAAUAAAUGAAUUUUUUUCGAUAUCUGCUACUACUAUAUAUUAUGAUACUACAUGUAGUAUAUCCUAUGGUCCCAACAUGUUGGAUUCUAUCAAUUACAUGUCACAUUUUUAGUUUUCUAAGAAUAAAACACAAAGUGUCUCUGUCAGUUGUUGGAGAUGUGUGUUAAUG